ACUGAUUAAGAGAGGUAAAGAGAGGGAUUCAUCACACAUGGUUCAUCACAGCUUUACCAAUGGAUUCAAAACUCCUUCAUCUCAUGCUGAACUCUGAGUCACAGCGCCAUUUACAGGCUGUUAUAUUUAACAUUCAUCAGCUAGCUGAGGUGGGUGAGAAAGAUGAGAGUAAAGUUAGGAAUAGGGGGCAAUGCAAUGGCUGGGUGAGGGUGAAAGGUACUCGGUUUCUCGGGCAGGCUGCAGAACAGAGCAAGCAAUUGUGUCUUGAGGAAGCACAGCAGGCUUGUGGAAGCUUGGGAUUCCAGUGUGCAGGUGUGACCAGGAUGGUGAUUCGUGUUAUCUCGAGGCCUGGAAGCCGCAUAGUGCCUUCAUCUAACUCUGAGAGCUGGAUUCAAACUUGCAAGGUGAGAUCUGUACGUUGGCACAAAUAUGAAGACCCUCAGCAUGAAUGUGUAGUUAAAAAAGAGGAGCAAGUGUAUACAGUAGUGGAGUGGAUUCUGGCAGUCUCCACACUGUAUAAUCUGGGAACAGCCGUUUACUAUGCUUCGGUUAGCUGCUAUGACACUGCAAAAGAGAGAGCCAUCUUCAGCACUGUGGAUCUGGGCACAGACGCAGUCAUGGCUGUAACGGGUGGAACCGCAGGAGUUGCCGGUUAAGCGUUGGGGGCUGGAGUUAAAACAGGUGUGAAGGCAGGGAUUAAAUAUCUGCUGAACAGCAUGAAAGAGGAAGCUGACCUUGUAAUGAACCAGAACAGCUGGGAGGACAGAACUAUCGCUGUCCAAUAAAAGACCAAGGAGAAACCGAUGAAGAGAGUCAAGAACAACAGUUGCAUUGCUCCAGGGCCUCAAGGAUUUUUCCAACUGUAUUAAAUAAUGUUUAGAUCACUCUAUUUGUCUAUAUGUUCAUUCAUAAUAAAUAUGUUCCCAUUCAGUUAUAAAUACCUUAAUAACCAAAAGGUAUUUAAUGACAUUAGAACGAAGUGACCUAAUUUCUGGUGGGAAAAAAAAAAUAACAACACAGACUUGAGCUAAUUUUAGCAUUUUUC